AUGUCAAAUCCAAAUCGCCUAUCUUAUCAUCCUGACCCCAGUUCGGGAAGUUUAAAGGAUAUCAAUGAUGAUUUGGACAAAAUCUUCAACACCUACACAUCCAACUACAGCAACAAUAGCAAUGAUACUUUGGAUUCGGAAACAGCACCUCCACCAAUUUCAUCAACCUCAAAACACCAUCGGCUUAUCCCACCAACAGUUUUGGAUAGAUUUUCGGCCACAAAUGACUAUCUGGUACACAUUUCUUCGAGGUUAUCGUCUUUGAAGCAAGGAUCUGCUGAUGUCAUUCAUAGUGCACCUCAAUCACCAAACUCAGGGUCUUCUUUUGAUUUCUACUCCCAAGACCAUCGAGCCAUGUCCAAUGGUUCUCUCGACAUUUUGAACACUCCAAUAAUUGAACAAGAGCUAAAAGAUAUCAUUUCUCCCGAGAAAUACGGAGAAGUAGCCAAAUCAAACGAGGCUCUCAAAUCAUUGAACCUCGAAGACGAUGAAAUUCCCUCAUCAAUUGCGGUAUCGGGUACCAAAUCAGAAGAUUGGCAUGAAAGGGGAGCCGCCACUAGGACGGUGGGAGAUGAGUCGAACGGAUUUACUGUCAUUCGAAGGAACGUGACGGACUUUGAGUUUGGCAAGCCCUUAGGUGAGGGUUCUUAUUCUACUGUUGUUUUGGCAACCGACAAAAUAACGUCCACCAAAUAUGCCGUCAAGAUUUUAGACAAACGACACAUCAUCAAAGAGAAGAAGGUAAAGUAUGUGAACAUUGAAAAACAUGCAUUGAACAGACUCAGCAAUAGAAUGGGGGUCGUUUCACUCUACUUCACUUUUCAAGAUAAAGACUCACUCUACUUUGUUUUGGACUAUGCUUCAAAUGGCGAGCUUUUAUCAUUGAUCAAGAAAUACAACACCUUGAAUGAAGACUGUGUUAGGUAUUUUGGUGCCCAGAUAUUGGAUGCUAUAAAAUACAUGCAUGAUAAUGGAGUAAUCCAUAGAGACAUAAAACCUGAGAACAUUCUUUUAGAUGAUAAAUUAAGAAUUCAGAUCACUGACUUCGGUACUGCCAGAUUAUUGGAGAAAGUCAGUGAAGAAAGCGAGGAGUACCCGGUUGAUGUUAGAGCCAAGUCGUUCGUUGGAACUGCUGAGUACGUUUCCCCUGAACUAUUGGAUAACAAGUACUGCGGUAAGCCAGGUGAUAUUUGGGCAUUUGGGUGUAUAUUAUAUCAGAUGAUAGCUGGCAAGCCUCCUUUCAAAGCUGCAAAUGAGUAUCUUACAUUCCAAAAGAUCACUAAGCUACAAUACGCUUUUAGUGCUGGUUUCCCCUUGGUUAUGAGGGACUUGAUUAAACAAGUUUUGGUUUUGCAACCAUCAAGAAGAGCAGACAUUCCAACAAUUCAAAAGCACUACUUUUUUCAAGGCAUCAACUUUGAUGACUUCAAUCAAAUCUGGUAUUCUGAAGUUCCAGAGCUCGGUCCCUUCAAGAUGUCUGCCAAGUCGAUGAUGAAAAUCCCUGAAUUGUCUAAGUCUGCUUCUUCUCAGUCUGUAGCAACCAAAAGGGUUCCUCGCAAAAAAGACAAGAGAACAGUUUCUGAACCAUCACACAAUGGCAACAACAAUGCAAAAGUUAGUACAGCAUCAUCCGCAGGUGCUCCUCUCAACCCUGCAGCUGCAGCUGCAUUUGUGCUCAACAAGAAAGAGGAUUCGCUGGACACCGAAGAUAGCGCAGAUACUGCUACUGAUGAUAUACCCAACAAUACUCAAACAUCCUCAAGAACCUCUUCAAGAGCACCUUCAUCGGCACCUUCAUCGGCACCUCUUCCUGAUUACAUUCCAGGAACCAAUAUCUUACGUCCUACAAUCAACUCGAUUCAUAGUUACUCGAGAUCAUCCUCCAGAACAAAGCCACAAAGAAAACCCAAAUUCAAGUCAAAGAUUUUAGAAGUUUCUCCAAUCACGCCUCUCGAAGUUGCAUGGGGAAAGUACCUCAAGAGCUCAGACGAACGGAUUCUAAAGAUAGGUCCUGUGAUUGCACACAAGACUACUACUGAGCAGUUUGAAAGAAAGUAUAGAGGUCUUAUUCAUGAGUCACCUUUAGGAUUCAAAAACAGAGGAAAGGGGAAUUCCAGUUUCUUAAGCCAAGUAGUGUCUGGAAAUAGUACAGGCUUGAGGGACAAUCAGACCUUACCAGUGGAAGAAAUUGAAGACGACCAAGAUGAAUCAAAGGCUAUCCGAGACUAUUUCAUGAUAGAAGAGAUACCGAGUAGUGCUUCAAGCGAGAAUGCACCAACAAAUACAAAGAUUCUGAGCAAACUUUUCAAGAGACUUGGUAUCUCCAAUUCAAAGGACAAGAAUUCUGCUUCAGAGCCUGUCAGUCAGCAUCCGUUAGAAAAAGGAAGAACUUGUACCAUGUUGGUAACCAGUUUCGGAAGAGUGUUGAUAUUCUUCAGAAAUGAUCCGGAAGUGAAUUAUCGGUUGAUAUCUGAAGUUCGUCUCAGUUACCCAUUCAUUCAAUUCAAGGAAGUGGUGACAAAUUCAGGAAGAUUACUGAAAAUACUUCCUACAACUGGAAUGUUUGCAAUCCAGUCGAAUGUUUCGACUCUAACUUUUGAGGUAGAGAAGUACGACGUUAACCAUUGGACUGAAGCUUUGGCCAAAGCACAGACCAACCAGUUU